UCCCUUGGUGCCCCGCCAUGGAAUUCUCCUCAGGGUUGGGGGCGCGGGCCGAGGAGUGAGGUCCGCGGGGGGACUCGAGUGACCUCCCGGGACGGCAGGGCCGCCUCAGCGGGAGUGGGCAGGCGUUCACGGAAUGAAUCGAGGUUCCCUCCUGGACCGCCACUCCGGGCUUUCCCCAGAGGGACGGAGUUCUGGAAAGUUCUGGGGUGGGCGGAGUGCCGGAGCGGCUGGGCUCGGACCCGGCGGCCAGGACCGGCCGCGGCGAGCCCCGGGAGGUCUGGGCAGCCGGCCGCGCCCGCAGUCGGCGGGGCAGAGGCAGGGACGGUGGCCGCCGCGGCUUGAAGGGCCGUAGUGCUUGCGGGGUCAGGCCAACGAGACCUGCGAGUCACCGGGUGCGGGGGCCCAAGCCGACGCCCUGAAAACCCAGGCUCUGUGUUCUGAGCCCUGUGCCCACCGGGGACCUUGUGCGGUGGCCACGCUCCCGUUCUUUGGGGAGCAGAAGUAGUGGGAAGCAGCUCGGUCCGCGUACCGUGAACUGCGAUCUGACCCCGCCGGGGGGGGGGGGGCGUGCCACAGUGACCCACAUCCUACCGGCGUGGCGGACACUGCCUCGGUAGCAGCCUUGACCUCCGUCAGACGGGUGCUGGAAAGGGGACGGGACUCUUGAGAGGGCAAAGGGGGGAAUGGGAACGUUUUCCAGGGGCUGAGUCGUGAAAAUUCUAUUUCAAGUUUCUGAAGCUGUAGGUUCAGUAGCACCUUUUCCUAUUCCCCCUUCUUAGGGAAAAGUGGUGGGAAGUUAGUUGUGGAUUCAAGGCAGCUUUGGAGAUUUUGACAUGAACGAACAACAAAUCUUCGAGUGUUAGUUCGGAUAUAAAUGUGGAUCCUGCAAGCUAAAAAGCUUUAUCCCCGUCAUCCAUCUUAAAAACCAUAUUUUACAGGACGGCUACAGUCUAAUAACUGGUGUUCGGAUACCUCCAGGAGCACGCAUGCUGUUUUGUACUGUUCACAUAGCAGCAAAGGUCUCCGUGCCCUCCUCGUGUACAGUUGCAACAGCAUUUUCCUCAAAGUGAUUGAUGCCUAUUUGGGGAGGGUCUGAAAUUGAGCAGGUGUGAAUGACAAUAAUCUCCAGCUGAGUUAAUGUCCCCUCGUGUGGAUUACUGUCUGUGUGUAUGAGGAUGUUAGCAUCAAAGUUCCCGCGUUCAGAAAUUAACAUUUUUAGUCUGGAAACUGGAUUUCUGCUUUUAGGAUACUUGCUCUUGGAAUGGGCUACCUGCAUGCUGUAGGCAUCAGCGUUUCUGCAAAGCCUUCCCUGCCCCCGCCCUGCCUGCUUUUUAAAACAUGCACCUGUUACUCCUCUGGGAUUGUUUGCUUACCUGUUUUUUUCUCCCACUAGAGUGAAGUCUGGGGAGGGGGAGUUCGAUCUGGCCUUUUUACCUUUGUAGCUCUCACACCUAGAAUAGUGCUAACAGGUAGUAAGAGAUAACAUUUUUGGUAGUAUUUUGUGUCAUUGAGUAAAUACAAGCGUUUGAAACCACAAACACAUUUUGGGAAGGGAGAGGUUUUGUUUUUGUAAUUGAGAGGGAUUGAGCUGGAGAUCUGAGGUCCACGCCCACUGCAGGCUCUCCUGUUCCACAGAAGUUUAGUUAGGGACCAAGUGGCAAUGAAAAGCACUUUUUGUUCAGUUUGGUUUUAGUUAAAUAAAAAGACUUUUUUUAUUUUGGUCAAAGUGACAGGAAGCUAAAAGGAAUAUAGAAUGUAGCAAAUAUGAAAAUAUGGACUAUAUCAGGCCUCUAUGGUGGCUGUAUAAAUGGGAUAAGGAAGGCAUGAGGUAGACUAGAAAACACAUGCAAAGGUGAAGUGAGAAAAUCCACCCGAGUCAGAGGCAUCCCAGGUUUCAGUGUAACUACCCUGCUCUCACCAUUCUUGGAAAUGCUAGUUUUUUGUUUGCUCUUCACCCUAGGAACCUUCAGAAACUACCUUUAACUAGGAUAACACAGGUGUCCACAUUUUUAAUUGUUCUUACAGAACGCAGAUACAGGUGGCUGGAUCUGGCUUGUGGGCUCAGAGGGAAUAAUUACUCUGCUAAUUCAUCUUGGGAGUAAAUGCAGGUUUUCCUAUGGUGGAUUUUCUCAGAAGGACAAAAGAGUGGAAAUGGAGAGGAGAAAGGAAACUCAGUGGAGAGACAGAGAUUUUUUAGAAAUUUAUUUGAAAGGCAGAGUUAGAGGGAGAGACAUCUGCUGGUUCACUCCUCAAAUGACCACAACAGCCGGAACUGGGCCAGACUGAAAGCCAGGAGUCAGGAGCUUCUUUCGGGUCUCCCAUAUGGCUGUAGGGGCCCAAGCUCCUGGACUGUCUUCACUGCUUUCCCACGCAUUUGCAGGGAGCUGGAUCAAAAGUGGAGCAACUUGAACUGGUGCCCAUAUGGGAUGCCAGCGUUACAGGUGGUGGCUUAAUUCACUAUGCAACCAAUGCUGGCCCUGAGAGUGGAGAUGUUUAUUGAGUGAAUGAUGAUGCACAGCGAAUGAAUGGGUAAACCCAGAAGCCUAAGCACCAAAAAGAGUAAUAUUGUCCUGAAAACUACAAUAUAAGCCAUUUUGGCAUAUGGCAUUUACAGUAAAAAAGGGAAAAAAGAAGUUACACAACAGAAAAAGAUUAGGUAUCUAAAAAUGUUUUGAAAAAAUAAUUCAAAAGUUUACUUCUAUGCCGUUUUAAUUGGAUAUAUUACAUAAUUGCAAGGUUCAGUGAACAGUGGUUUCAAGUUAUUUGCCUGCUCUGAUUUGUGAAAGUUACUAAGUAAUUUGGCCAGGACUGUGGUAUUAGAGCAGUUAACCUAUAUAGUGAAAUAAAGAAUGCCACUUUUUCUUGUCCAAUGAACACAGAAAAAAAAGAAUUCCUUGUGUGUAUCCAGCCAAACUCUAAAUUGUGCACUUAAAGACAAUUCCAAGUAAGCAAGAUGCCAAAAAACUUUUCUUUCUCCUUUCCUUUUCUAAGGAAGAUACUGGAGGGUGUGCUAUCAAAAUGAGGGACUAGACCAAGCACGAGGAAGGCAUGAGUGCUGGGACCAGGGACUACAACUAGUGCUGCAGAAAUAGAGGCCCUGUGCUCAGUGCUUUGCUUGCCUCGGGAAGAAUGAGCCCCUGGUAACAUCUGAGGAAAGGAGCUGCCCCUCCUUUAUUCUGGUUCUAGUCACGAUGAACACCAUCAGCCCACGAGACCUUGCUGAGUGAGGAGUUGGACCAGGUUGUUGAGAACUCGGAGCAGGCAGACGAGCGGGACAAGGAGUCGGUCAAAAUCCAGAGUCCGGGCAUCUUACCAGGCCUGGACAGCGAGUCUGCCUCCAGCAGCAUCCGCUUCAGCAAGACCUGCCUGAAGAACGUCUUCUCAGUCCUGCUUAUCUUCAUCUACCUGCUGCUCAUGGCCGUGGCUGUCUUCCUGGUCUACCAGACCAUCACGGACUUUCGUGAGAAACUCAAGCACCCUGUCAUGUCCGUGUCCUACAAGGAGGUGGAUCGCUAUGAUGCCCCAGGUAUUGCCCUGUACCCUGGUCAGGCCCAGCUGCUCAGCUGUAAGCACCACUAUGAGGUCAUUCCACCUCUGAGAAACCCUGGCCAGCCAGGCGACAUGAACUGCACUACGCGGACGAUCAACUACACGGACCCUUUCUCCAAUCAGACCUUGAAGUCGGCCUUGAUUGUCCAGGGACCCCAGGAAGUGAAGAAGCGGGAGCUGGUUUUCCUGCAGUUUCGCCUGAACCAGAGUAGCGAGGACUUCAGCGCCAUCGACUACCUCCUCUUCUCAUCUUUCCGGGAGUUCCUGCAAAGCCCAGACAAGGUAGGCUUCAUGCAGGCCUGUGAGAGUGCCUAUUCCAGUUGGAAGUUCUCUGGGGGCUUCCGCACCUGGGUCAAGAUGUCGCUGGUGAAGACCAAGGAGGAGGAUGGGCGAGAAGCAGUGGAGUUCCGGCAGGAGAACCAUGGAAGCCAAGGUAAAGCCUUGGGUCUGGCACCAGUUUCAAGAGCUCGUGUACAUGAAAUUUUUGGCUCUCAGGAUGCUGGUGUGGGGAGAGCCCAGACGAGUGUGGUGAACUACAUUGACCAGCGGCCAGCCACUGAGAAAAGCGCUCAGCUGUUUUUUGUGGUCUUUGAGUGGAAAGAUCCUUUCAUCCAGAAGGUCCAAGACAUAAUCACUGCCAACCCUUGGAACACUAUCGCUCUUCUCUGUGGGGCCUUUUUGGCAUUGUUUAAAGCGGCAGAGUUUGCCAAACUGAGCGUGAAAUGGAUGAUUAAAAUUAGGAAGAGGUACCUUAAAAGAAGAGGUCAGGCAACAAACCACAUCAGCUGAAGUCGCCCUGUGAUGUUUGUGGAACCGCCCGUGUUCCUGGAAGCUCUCGUCACUUCCACCCUGCACACCGAGCUACCGGCGAGUCUCUGCCGCCUUGAAGAAAUGAGGCCCUGCUGGGAGGACCCCUGUCAAACUGCAACCUCCAACCCGGCCCCCAAGGAGGCUGAUUAGAGCCUAAUGGGAAAGACCCAAUGGUAACCUAAGAGCUAUUUAAGUAUUUAAAUUAUUCACGAACAUUUGAAAGAGCCGCCCAGUGACUUAGGCUCCAGGUUUGUGAAAGCCACCCUUCGUCCUUUGUGGCUCGCCGUGUAGUCAGUGCCCUGACACAGUGAUUACGGCUCUGCUCUUCACUUUAGGUUUUCCCCUGGACGGAGAGUGUGAUGAUUUCUUUUUUUUUUUUUAAACACAGAUCUUGUUGAGAUGGACGGGACGUGCUUUGAAACCUACGCAUUGUACAUAAGGGCAAAACACUUAAGACUUUCCUGCCUCUGGUGGGCUCUCUCCCCGUUUAAACAUAAAAUGAGACCUUAAAACUACUGGAAAGUGUAAUUAAAUUUCGUAUGGAUCGAUUAGUCA